AUGGAGUUUUUACGCUGUGGCAUUCAUGGGUUUCAUGAGGUUCUCGGCAUCGAUACCGACGAGCUACGCUUCUACUGGGUGCUGGCAAGCAGUGUCAAGAGUGCUGUUCAAGUUGCCUAUCGCAUCGUGCUGGUAAAAGACUCUAAGCUCCUUGAAGUAGCUGAACCGGAUGUAUCGAGACUUGCAUGGGACUCUGGGCGUGUGGAGGGCAAUGAGCAACGCAACGUUUUAUGCAAGCCCUCCAAUGGCUUCAAGUCUACCUGCAGCUAUUUUUGGCAAGUCAGAGUCUGGGAUAAUGAGCAACAAGUUCACUAUGGCCCAAUUCAGCAUUUCUUCACGGGCUAUCCUCGAUCUCGUCUACUGCCUCCAUACAGCAUGAACCAAACAUACAUGCCACACUCCAGUCUCAUCUUCCGUACAUGGUUCGAAGAUGAGGCUAACAGAUGGAAGGCUAUCUGGAUUGGUGAUGGAGGCGACAAACCCAUCUAUCUCCGCAAGUCGUUCCAGCUAGCAAAACAGCCAACCCGCGCUAUCCUCUUUGCUUCUGGCUUGGGCCAUUUCAAUAUGAGUGUCAAUGGCCAGCCGGCAUCCAAUCAUCGCUUAGAUCCCGGUUGGACCAACUACCACCGAAGAAUACAGUUUACAUCUUAUGAUGUGACCUCUCAUCUGAGCCCUGGCGAGAACGUGUUGGGUGCUCAUGUGGGCAAUGGAUUCUAUGCUGGUGACAAGGGCGACGAUCGCUUCUUCUGGCCAAUGUAUGAAGACAAUACCUACGUUCGAUAUGGCAAUGAGCUCUGCUUCUUUUGCGAGUUGCAUCUCUUCUACGAUGAUGGGAGUCACGAUACACUCAUCUCUGAUCCAACUUGGCGGGUACGGAAAAGUGCAACCACACUUGCCAACAUCUAUGCCUCGGAAACUCACGAUCGCCGACUCUAUCCCACCAACUGGGAUACAUCCAAGUUUGAUGACAGUGACUGGGUUCCAGCUAAGCCCUUAACUGGUCCCCGAGGCCAUAUCUUCUACCAGACACAGCCGCCAGUGGUAUUGCAUGAGACCUUCCAGCCUGUGAGGACCUACAGUCCUGAAGAUGGGGUUGUUUGCUUUGAUCUUGGUCAAAAUGCAUCCACCAUGGUACAGCUGCAACUUGAGGGUGCCUCCGGCUCCGAGGUUAUUGUUAGAUACUCCGAAACUGUCAAGGAAGACGGCACCGUACUCAUGCCCGACCCUCUGUUCAAGGAAUUCGAGACAGGUGUUUUCUCCAGAAUAUAUCUCGCUGGUACUGGAAACCCUGAAAUGUGGGAACCAGACUUCAGUUUUACUAGCGCUCGGUAUAUCCAGAUUGAAGGUGUUUCAUUGACUGCAGGAGAAGGCCUACCUGUCGUUCACUCCGCUAUUGGUCGGCAUAUCUCGUCUGCUGCUCGGCGACUCGGCACUAUGAAGACAGACAAGGAAGAUGUGAAUUCCCUUCUCAAUGCUCUCUAUUGGACUUUCAACAGCAAUCUUUUCAGUUACCACACCGAUUGUCCACAAAUUGAGAAAUUCGGUUGGCUGGAGGUCACUCAUCUUCUUGCACCUGCAACACAAUACGUUCGCGACAUGGAGUCUCUUUACACCAAGAUCCUUGACGAUAUCCUUGACACCCAAGAGCCCAAUGGCCUUGUACCCACUAUGGCGCCCGAGAUCCGCUACAUGUGCGGCCCGCUUCAUGAUACAAUCAGCUGGGGUUGUGCUCUCUGCUUCCUGCCCGACAUGUUGCUUCGGUACUACGGCUCUACACACGUCAUUGCCAAAGUAUAUCCAGCUGCAGUGUGCUACAUGGAAUACAUGAAGACGAAAGAGCGCCGUGGUGGUCUGAUCGAACAUGGUCUAGGUGAUUGGGGCCGCGACAUUGCCUUUGGUAAUCACCAGGUUAACAUCGAGACUGCCAUUUACUAUCGAUGCCUCCAAUGCGUCGAGAUGAUGGCUCGGGAGCUCGGCAAGGUUAACGAGGCAGAGAAGUUCAAUCAAUGGGCAUCUCGGAUCUACAAGGUCUACAAUCAGCACCUCCUCGUGACAGAUGAUCCAUCUCGUCCAUACGUUUAUUAUACUUCAUUGGACAACUAUCCCGAACGGGAUCGCACCGCCAUCGGCCAAGCCAUGGCAUUGCAGUUUGGUCUAGUACCUGCCGAACACCAGAAGGAUGUCAUGGCCGCCUUCGUGGACGAUUGCUCCGAUGGGAGGAUCCGAGCCGGUGAGAUUGGUCUGCGCUUCCUUUUCAAAACCCUGGCGGAUGCUAAGCGCCCCGAUCUUGUCCUUCAAAUGGCCCGACAGGAGGAGCACCCUUCAUACAUGCGCUUCCUUCGCCGUGGGGAGACAACACUUCUAGAGUUCUUCCAGGAUGAAUGCCGCAGCAAAUGUCACGACAUGCUCGGUACCAUCUAUGAAUGGUUCUACGCUGCCGUGUUAGGAUUGAAGCCUGUGGAGAAUGCCUAUCGCACCUUUGAGAUCGAUCCUCCUUAUGAAGCGGAGUUUGAUUACGUCGAGGGCACAGUGGAUAGUCCGUUUGGUUUGAUUGAAGUGAAGUUCCAGCGCGAUACUAAGAGGGUCGUGACCCUUGACAUUCGUGUUCCUUUUGGAACUACCGCUACUGUAAAGAUUCCGACGAAUAUACAAGAGGUGGAAAUCACCCGUGAAGGAGGUGUGAAGACUAUGAGGGAUGGUGAGCAUUUGCAAGUUCAACAUGGCAGUUACAAGAUUGUCAUACAAUCACCCUGA